AUGUUCAGCUCACUUCACGCCUCAUACCAGCAUAGCGAUGUUUCUAGCAGGUCCUUUGAUAACGGAGACACGUGGGCGAUUGCUGGCCCGUUGUAUCAUCACAGCGUCGACAAUUUAAAUGGAAAUCCUAAGAUAUUUGGCUUAAACAGCUCCCUAUGUUCCUUCGACAGCUUGAAAGUGGCUGUUAGCCACCCUGAAUUUCGGGAUUCUGGCGGUGUGGGAGGGAACAAUCUCCAAAGUCCUCAAGAGAUCUUUUCCAGUUUGCCCAUCAUCGGCAAUGCUACAUUGCCAAGUCAGCGGCCAAAUGUGAUGCUUCCGGACACGUAUGACAAGCCCAGCUUCCAUGGCAUAAACUUGCCAGAGCUCCAGCCCUUUCAGUAUGCCCAAGCUGCCCCAGCUCCCGGAUUCGGUAACCCCACGGUAGUGAACACCCCAGACGUUCCUACCCACGAACAAAAUGACGGAGAAAGAACUCAUCUUCAUGCCUCUGUCUGGGCUUCUCCGAUCCCAUCUCCCCUGGUUGCUAGAAGCGAGAGGCGUGAGGGUAACCCCGAUUCGGAUAGGUCGUCGACACCAGGUGCAUGCCCGUUCUGUAAAAGAUUCCGUGGAGACGCGAAACGAAUCAGGGAGCAUCUGCGAUGCCACAUCCGGGAGCAUGUCUGUGAGGUUGUCGAGUGCUCUCGGCAGUUCAGCACUGCCAGAGACCUUCAGAGGCACGAUAAGGCUGCUCACCGGAAGGAAUCGCUUACUUGCUACUUUUGUGCAGCCAGCAUUCGAGGCGGCCGCAUGGACAACUUGCAAAGACACAUUAGACAGAGACAUGCAUCGGAAGCCAUGAAUGGGCUGACUUGA